UAGGGCUAGCCGUGGGCUAUGGUGUGGAAGAGGACGGGGGCGCCUCUAUCUAGUCUCUCUGCACUAGGCCGCCCAUCGUCCACCGCAGCGCCCACGCUCAAGGUACGCUCCACGCCAUUCGCUUUCGCUAGCUCCAAUUUGCGCCUUCUUUCCAAGCCAGGAUCUCGCAGUUGCCAUGGCGUCGCGGCUCCGACCGGCGAUCCGUCGCUAGGGCUCUUGGAAUGUAGCGUUGGGGAAGAAUCGUCUAUCUUGGAAGAGGGUUUGGCGGCGAAUCCCGCAGCAAUGUGGCAGCAGCAGCAGCAACAGCAAUCCGAGUGGAGGAAUGCGAAUCAUCCAUUCUGGCAGCAGUACCAGCGGCAGCAGCAGUACCAGCAGCAGCAGCAGCAGUGGAGGAAUCAAAACCAGAGCUGGCACGAUUUUCCUCGCGAGUUUCCACAGGCGCCGCUAAACAGCCCCCGAUACAUUGGCGAUGGAACGCGCAGGACUUCUCAAGGGCCUGGAACUGGAGCAAGGGCGGCCUUUCAACCCAACAGGUCGUGGAACCAAAGAGACAAUAGGAAUUGGCAAGGUGGGAGGUUUGUGAGGCAGGAUGAUACUCGACGCUGGCUCCAUUCUAAAGCUCAACCAAGCUCCUUUCGAGAAAGGUUCAUGUUUCUCUCGUACAACAUUCUAGCCGCCGACAAUGCUCGGGAGCAUUAUCGUGAGCUCUACUAUCACAUCCCAAUGCGCUAUGUGAAAUGGGACUGGAGAAAAGUGCGCUUGGUGCAAGAAAUCGAGUACUGGUCACCGGACAUUCUUUGUUUACAGGAGGUCGAUCGCUUUGCAGAUUUGCAAGGCGAGCUAGUGAAGAGAGGAUAUGCCGGGACGUUCAAGCGUCGAACUGGCACUGCCACGGACGGGUGUGCGAUCUUUUGGAGAGAGAAAAGGUUCCUACUACUGGAAGAGGAAAGCAUCGAUUUCAAGGACUAUGGUUUACGGGACAACAUAGGACAGAUAUGUGUUUUGCGGAGUACAAGAGAAGCAGCCCUCGAGGGAGAUGUAUCUAGCAUAGAAAAUCAGGUUUUGGUUGUGGCAAAUACUCAUAUUCUUUUCAAUCCAAAACGUGGGGACAUUAAACUUGGCCAGGUGCGAACGCUUCUUAAUACAGCUCAGGAGUUGUCUUCGAGCUGGGGUGGCGCGCAAGUUAUUGUGGCCGGGGACUUCAAUAGUACACCAUCGAGCCCACUCUAUCGCUACAUCUCCACAGCAGAGCUUGAUGUUUCUUCCCUAGAUAGGCGAUCAAUCUCCGGACAGAUAGCUGAUGGAGAAGGUGGCUAUUAUCGGAAUCCUUUCUCGAAACCAUGGAUCAGAGGCCACAAUCCUUCCUCAGCUGGAUUUUCCAGGAUCAAUGUGGAAACCACGUCAGUACGUAACGAAGAUGGCAUGACCAUAGAAGAAGUUGCCACUUUGGGGAUUGCUACAGCAACCGUUGCUGCACAGGAAGAAGAAGACGAGGCGAACGCUGAAAAACUACCGGCGAGUAGCUCCAGUGAGCCCAUGGUUAUCAAGACAGUGACGGACAAUUUAGUUGUCCAGAAGAGCUUUGAAGCUGCGGAGGAAGAAGUUCUCAAAACAUCCAGCAAGGAGGUCCACUUUGAAGAGCCUUGGGACACUGAAGAGGGAACUCCAACACAAGAAAAAGGGCUGGAGGACGAUGAAACCAACUCGCCCGACCGUGUGGAGCUACCAUCGGGAUGGACAGUCGAGGAGCUAGUGAAUGCCACGGGCACUUCAUCGUCUACCAAGGUGGUCCACGACUUAAAGCUGAGCAGUGCCUAUUCGGAGAUCGAGGGAAAGGCUGGAAGCAGGGACUCGCAAGGGGAGCCUCUAGCGACGACUUACCAUAAGAAGUUUAAGGGGACUGUGGAUUACAUCUGGCACACCGAACGACUCCGGCCUUUGAGAGUCGUAGACAUGCUUUCUGUGGAUGUUCUUCGUCAUACGGGAGGCCUUCCUUCCCAGAAAUGGGGGAGUGACCACUUAGCGUUAGUUUGUGAGAUGGAAUUUUCCUGACCAAAGCAUAAAUGCCAAGCAAAGAAAAAAAUCGUUAUCAGUGAUGUUGAAGAGAAGUUAUUUUUCUCCAGAAAGGUACACGGCAAUUAGAGAGAAGUUCUCAGUUAUUUCAAUCUCUAGAGUUAUCAAAACUGCACUGGUAAUUCAAUCCAUCGUCGCUCACUUGAGACUUUCGAUGAUCUUCUCGC